GGAUCGGCUGGUUAACUUUCGUGCGGUCGUCGGCGUUUGCGCGAGUGUUUCGGGUGUGUUUCAGUGCGCGCCGGUUUUUGUUAUCAAUUCGCGGGAGGACUUCGUCGUCGCGGGCAUCGUGUCGUAGUUUUUGUUUUGGUUUUGUGGUUUGGGUGAACGAAUGACGAAGGAUGUUCAGUGGUUUAGAGGUGUGUCAAUGAAGGAAAAUAAGUGUGGAAUAUAGAUGGAAAAACGAUUAUUGGAACAUGAUUUUCUGAUUUUACUGAAUUAAUAAUUGGGUGAUGUUGUGUAUCUGAUAAUAAACUGUGUGAUUUUUAUGUUCUGUGAUUAAAAGCAGCUUUGUAAUAGGACCUCACCCCCUCAUUAAAAAGUUUGCCGCCCAGACGAGCUCCGCGUUAUCUUCGAAGGACAUCGUUAACCUCAGCGGCGGCCACAAGUUGUUCGACCCUGUAAUCAAUUAACGAAAAGACCAACCCGCGCUGGCACAAGUGAAAAGUGAUUGUGAAUCAUGUGCGUUGUUUAUCAUUAAAAGCCGCCGGGAGUUGCGCACUUAAAUUGCAUAUCGAUUUAUGUGACUUUAAUGAAGUCACCCUUUUUCCAGUGUAAUACAUCGGGCCAAAUUACUGGCAGAGCCUGGUUAUCUCGGCCUGGUGCCUUCUGGAAGUGCAAUUUGGUUUCGGCAGGCAAGUUUUAUGGUUUCAUUGUUGUUUGCAAGUGAAGUCGGGGGUAGUGCAGGGGUCGGGUGGUGAGAUGUGAAAAAACGCCAGUUUUUUUAUUUAUGUUUUUAAAUUUAAUUAAUUUUCAUUGCUGGUGUAUUUUGCUGAACGCGCCAAAGUUGUUCGCAAGUUGUGAAGAAAAAAAGCCAAGUGAGAAAGGAGUAGUGAAAAAAGAGUGUUAAACAAAAACACCAAAAUAAUAAUAAAACGAAAGGAAAAAAAAGUGUGACUUGAAAAGUUGAAGCUCCCCGUCAAUAAUGGUGGCACAGAGGGGAAUAAUUAAAAUUGUGCUGCUGCUGCUGCUUGGUGUUGGCGUGGCGCAUAAUUAAUAUUUUCCAGCGUCCGCCGAGGGAGGAAUCUUGGUGGCGCCGAAGCGUGAAUGUGCGAAAAUUGGCGCCCCCUGCGAGAGUAGGGCACUCUGCGAUGAGAACUGACCAAUUUGUGGAUAUUUUGUGGAUUAACUUGACGGCGCCGAGUGCAGCGAUUCUGGUGGUGGGAGACUGAAUGAUGCACCGACAACACCGUCCGAUGCAUAAAUAGGCUUUACCACUUGGCAAGAGAGGGAGGUGCCAGGAAGUAGCCCUAGGAAUGGACCGCAAGAAUGGCGCCACCCGGAACCAGCAACCAGGACCAGGUCCAACGACGUCGACGCGCCGAAAACUGCCCGUCAAAACAAACAUUCCCGCACUUCAGUCUCAACAGCAACAACAGCCUCCGCCGGUCAUUCAACAAGAGACCAAAAUUGGAAAAGUCAGUUGCACGGCAAAGAUGGAAAACGCGAUGCAGCAGCAGCCUACAUUCGCCUCCGUGCACCGGCCCCGCCAGAUAGGCAGCACGAUGGCGGCCAUCAAGCGGACCGGUUCCGGCUCUCGGGCCGAUCUGCAGCGGCACCACCAUCACUUCCAGCAGCAGCAGCACCUUCUCCAGCAGCAACAUCAGCAGCAGCUUCAGCAAAAAUAUGGCCACCUCGUUCUUCUUCGUCAAGACGACCCCUCCGCGGUGGGAAGGGUCGAUCCGAACAAUGCCGGAAUAUUUAAUCAACCGAUGCUGCUGCCACUGCCCGUCCAAAUACCUGAUCCAUACGCUAAUGCUGCCAGUCGACAGCCAGCAGCGUUGCCCGUUCAGCAGGUCGCAUUUGAAAAGGCUGAUUAUCUGCAGAACAACGCAAAGACCGGUGUAAAUCAAAAGCAGUCGACAACGACGAUGGCGGGUGGUUCUCGGCUGCCAAAACAGCAACUGCCUCUUCCAACUGGUCUGGGCAAUGGUGGUUCCAAAAUGGCACCAAAGCUGCUGUUGGACAUCUACGAGCGGCACUUGUUGAGCCAAACUGCGUUUGAUGGAGAAAACUGCACCAACGCAGCUCCGAGCAAAGAGUCCAACCGCCGGUCCAGCACCACCCUGAAACCUCAACCCACUGCCAAAUUGAUGCCAAAGGACAAUUUAUACGAAUCGAUUCGCAGCAAUUAUCAUAUCUACGAAAAAAUCCCGGACACCGGUCCGGCGCCCUCCCGGCGAGGCCCGUGGCUCGAGCAGUACGUCCGACCUCCACCCCCGCUUCAACCCCGGCCCAAGUCCCUGCCGGUGGGGGCGAUUCGCGAAAGCUCGACCACGGCGGCGCAACCAAUUCCGUACAAACUGACCAGCCCGGAUGUGCUGCGCGCCAUGAAGAGUCCCAUCGCGGCUAAUCUGUCACCGAUUGCGGAGAAACCUGGCGCAGCAGGUGCAACGGCGGUGCCAGUUUAUGGGGGAGGAGGAGCGGCGGAGGGAAGGGGUGGGCACCACAAUAAAUCAGCUACCGUUACGGCGGAUCAGAUCAACAUUGCCCUGGAGACGGCCAAAGCGUUCGCGACCGCGGCGUACAUCGAAAGAGCCGCGCAACGUCUAGCUUCGGGCACUGUGAUCCAGCAACAAUCGCAGCAGAACCUUCACCAACAACAACAACAAUUGCAGCAACACAGCAACAGCAACAGCAAGAUGAGUGAGGCCACCGUGGGUGGUUUCUGUGGUGCCAUCCAGCGGACGGCCCCACCCGUGCCGGCCGGAUUAGCCCGACGGAUGGCCAACCGGGAGUUUGGUGGACUGGGCAAGGUCAAAGUAAUGCUCCGAGUUUCGGAUGACCCUCCAAAGCCGCCGCCCACGACACAGCCCUCCGGUCAAGAGGAACCGACGCCCACGCCCACGCCAAGCUACCUCACGGUGGACAAGAAGAAGCGCCAGGUGACGCUGUGCGAGCCCCAGUCGGGACUGGCCGCUGCCGUGGCCGCCGCAGCAGCCGGAAGCAAUGCGGCCAUCGUGACCCAGGAACGGGGCCCAAUGGUAUCGGCGCCGAAAAUGUUUGCGUUCGAUGCAUUAUUUACGACCGAGGACUCACAGCAUGAUAUCUGUGGAAGUGCCCUCUCGGAAGUGAUACCAGCGGUGCUCGAAGGUUCGGAUGGAUGUUUGCUGUCACUUGGUUAUCCUGGAGCAGGACAAUCACGCACCAUGUUCGGCACGGCCCCGUCCGACCUCGGCGCCAUCCCGUGCGCGAUCGCCUGGCUCUACAAGGGCAUCAACGAGAAGCGCCAAAAGUCAGGUGCCCGGUUCUCCGUCCGCGUCAGUGCCCUCGGCGUCAACGCCACCAAGCCGGGCUCCUCGUCGCGGGAUUUGCUGGCCGGCCACGCGACAGAAUCCGACGACUCGCCCGGCAUGUAUCUGCGGGACGACUUCCUCGGGCGGCCCACCGAACUGCGCGCCCCCACGGCCGAGCGGGCCGCCCUCUUCCUGGACCUGGCCCUGUCCGGGCGGGCCCAGGGCAGCAGCGGCAGCUUCGAACCGGCUCUUAUUUAUACGCUGCACGUGUACCAGUACAGUCUGUCUGGCAAACGGGGAGUGGAAGGUGGCCGAAGUCGGUUGCACCUCAUCGAUCUGGGUGGGUGUGCCAACCGGACGGGUGGGCUCCCACUGUCCGGUAUCGGGAACGUCCUGCUGGCGAUUUUGAGCGGCCAAAAGCAUCCCCCGAACCGGGAUCACCCGUUGACGCCCCUGCUGCGGGACUGUCUGGCACCGUUGACGUGCCACGUGGCCAUCGUGGCGCAUGUGGCGCACUCACAGACCCACACCGACACCCUGACCACGAUCCAGCUGGCGUCCCGCAUUCAUCGGUUGCGCCGGCGGAAACCUCGCCACCACCUGCUUGUAGACCGCGCCGCCGGUCUGGCCGCAGGGUCUUCCGGUCACCAGUCGGGUGGCUCCUCCGAGGGUCCCGAUCCGUCCAGUUCGGACUUUUCGCAGGACACCGUCAUCUACGUCGGACCCUGCGAUGACCCCACCGACGGAGAACACCCCCCAGUCUACCUGCCAAGUCUCAACUCCGGCGAUCAGCGAUGCGCCAUGAACAAGGCGCUGAAAGGUUCGGCCGCGGAGAAACCCAAUCCCUCUCCCCAGAAAAAGAAAGCCUCCGCCACUUCCGCCUCCACGUCCAAAGGAGGUAAGAGUGAAACCCUGCCCUCUCCGUUGCGGAAAGCUCCGUACAAAACUGACACUUCCCUCCUUGCAGCCCAAUCUUCCGUCCCAGCCCCUAUCCCUUUGACGCGAACCGACAGUCUCAAGCGGAACCAGUCGGUGUCUUCCGGCGGGGGUCAACCGGAUAUGGUUGCCAGUGCAAUCCAGAUCGCGGCCCAGCACGCGUCCCCCAAAAUCGUGGCCGGAGCCUUUAAGCAUGUGGUCGGCGUUAGCAAGGGCUCCAACAUUCCAACGCCGAAGGGCUCUCCGAUGAGGCGGCCCGCCGCAGCCGGAGCCGCCUCAGCUUCCGGAACCAAUCGGGAGAGUCCCUCGCGACAGGUUGGAGAGGAAAAAUGGAUCGACGGCCCGAGGAUGUCCAAGUCGAAGGUUCACGAAGCGCGACACUUCCUGAGGGAGAUCAACCACGUCAAGAACCACGAAACGUGGAUCGAUGGACCUAAAACGGCCAGCGCAACGCAGGUGUUCCUUCCACCGGCGGCGCACAGCAACCAAAGUUACGGCUUCAUGGACAACCACAAAAAGUCCAUGAUCCGGCAGUGGGUUGAGAACCAAUCCAUCCAGCUGAUGCAAUCCGUGUCGGCCAACAACUCGCCGGCCCACAGUCGUCACCAGAGCUACAACCCACCCCGCUUCCGGCCAAGCAAAUCCGACGAAGACGGAUUCGUGCUAGAACUUGAACGCCAGGAAGACUUGGUCAACCCGAUAGCCUUCCGCGGGUUCACCGCGACCAGCGGCGUCGUCAACAGCUCCGAAAGCCACGUCCGCACCGGACUCAAGCAAGCCUACAGCCUGGACAACCCAGACACCGCGCCGCAACCCACGUACGCAACCGUCACCCCACGACCCGCUCCAGAUCCUACCCCCGCAACCACCUGCCCACCCCCAACAGACAAUCACUCGGAAAAGUCCCACCCAGCCAGCGAGAAACCUGCCACCGCCGCCAGCAGCAAACAGGACAGCCAAGAGGAAGAGGACCAGGACAGCGGUCCCUCGGAGGUUCCCCCAGCCCUUCCCCUGCUGGACCCACUCGGCUCGCGGGAAAUCUCCCAUGAAAGCAUCCACCGGCUGUGCUCGCGACAUGGCUCCAGCGUCCACAGCAGUCAGCACAGCAACCUCGGCAUGAUGGACUGUGGGCUGCAGGUCACCGAGGACGAUAUUGCGCGGACCAUGAUGAUGGGAGGGGGAGGAGUUGGUGGGUUUGGGGGAGUGGGAGCGAUUGGAGGGGUAGGGGGAGAACAUCCGCUGAGUGCGCUCAGCCAUGGCGAUGUCUCGGUGGUGUCGUCGAGCUUCAACGCCGCUGCCGCGGGAGGUGACGCGUUCAGCGAUUGCGUCAUUGGGGAGAGUAUGCGCAAUCAAUUCGACCAACUGGCCCGGCUCCGCGAAAUCUUCACCUCCCAACUCGCGAUGGCCGAGGUAACCCCGGUCGCCUUCCGGCUCGGCGACGCCGGUUCCGUCUACAGCGAACCCGCGUACCGGCUCAACACGGGCCCAGCCAGCGUUUGCAGCGAACCCGCGUACCGUCCUCCGAGUCCACGCUGCCGUGACUGCCGACAAUCGCUCAGCCUCUCGCGAACCCCAAGCCAAAGCUCACUGCCCAGUCUGACGGGGAUAGUGGCCAUCGCCGGAAUGGAGCAGUACGCCUCGUUACGACACCCGGACGGGGCUUCCGAUCCGAAUCUCCCCAAACUCGAGCAGGAGGACCCCACGGGGCUGCUGCUCGACCCGGAUGAGCACAUCCGCGAGAACCCGCUCGCAGACCUGGACGACCACGAACAGGACCACCUCCUCAAAGGAAGCGGCGCCUCGUUACUUCCCCAGCAAACCCUGCCAACGUUGCCACUGCUCCCCCUCUCCACACCGGAAGCGUACGACAGCGGUCACGACUCGACGCCGCGAACCUCCAAACAUUCCGGAAUCUCGCGGCGGGCCGAAAGUGGCUAUCACAGCGUGGGAACCGUCCGCGACAGUGACGAGUCCAGCUUUGGGUCCGCCGCCUCCCGGGCCGUCCAAAAGUCCAAGAAGAACCGCAACCGAACCGACAAAUCGCUGUGCCACUGGCUGAGGAACCCCUUCAACUGUACCUACCCGGACACCGAGGGGGACGUCAGCGACUUCUAGGGUUAGGGUAGGCUGAAUGGUUAAGGGGGGGGAUCUCCUGUAGCUUAAUUCUUCGUUAGCUCUGUCUGUUUUUUGAGUUUUGCGCCGUUGUCUGUUAGAAGAGAGAAAAAAAGAACGUGUUAGAUGGUGGAAGACAAUAAAUGUGAGAUGCUGCAGCGGAGAAGUACUUGGGACUAAAGUUUAUUCCACGAAAAAGAUAAAUAACAGAUUUAAAGUUGAAUGGAAGCUUGCAGUGCGCGCGCUUUUUCGCAAUUGCUGCACGAUUGUUUUUUUGGAACUGCCUGCACUGUCGAGUUUAAGUUUGGAGCGUAUCGCGUACACUAAUCACAACUAUUUGGAAGACUAUCAUCAAUCUGAAAGAAAGAAAGAAAAAGCUAUCGACGUUGCUUGCGUUGUUUGUACAGAAAGGAUGGCUUUGUUUGGGAAGCAAGUGAAAGAAAUCGAUGUGCAGCGCUAUUGAUCGUUACCUUUGAAUGCUAUUAACCAACUAUGGCUGUUUCUGUUGAAACUUAAACAAGUUAUGCUGCUAUAAAUUGAAAUCAAUUUAAAUAAUUCGAUUCACUUUCCAACUAUACACAGUAAAAAAAAUCACGGUAAUAUUACAUCUGGGAAUGGGUUCAUCUGUUAUGUCAGAAAUAAUGGACUUAAUGAAAAUGAGAUUAUAAGUAUAAUUUUUAAGCCUAUUCCUUUUAUUCUCGGAUGUUUAUAAGCGUGGGCUUUGCUUUAAACUAAUAAAUGUAUGUAAACUAUUUUUGGAUCCAUCAUUGGAUAGGUAAUCGAAAACUUAUUAAACGAAUG